GUGUGUUUUAUUUUGUCUCCUCACCGGAAGUGCUGUAUGUUCCUCAGGGUAAAUUGACACUGGUCCCAACUUGGGCAUCGUGGCUGUGUUGCUGCAGCGUGGAGACAAGGAGGAGAAAGUGACUCAGUAGUGGUCUGCUCUGCUUCACCUUCAUCCGUCUUUGUUUAGAGACAGAAACAAGUCAUUCUACUUCCCGAUGAGCAGACAGGCGUGAAGGGAAGAGGGGAGACCGCAUCCAAGUGGACUACACAGAUCUGGAUGUACCAGAGACCAGAGGAGGGUCUGGACAUGAACCACACUGGAGAUGUGAAGGAAGGAGAAGAAGUGAUUUAAGAUGCGCAUCUCUACAGGAAUCACGUCUGUGAUUUUUUUUCUUUUCUUUUAGGGGUUCAUUUAUUCCAUCUGAGCUUUUUAAAUCCAAUCACCUUUAAGAUAAUCUAAUUCAUCACAUCUGGGCUGGUCUUUACAUUCCAGAGUUGAAGCAGCAGAAACUUGAAUUUCUAUGGAUUCUAUUAUGGCUCUGUCUGCUUAUCUCUAACCAUUUUUGCUUAAAACAUUAAAAAAAAAAAAAAAAAAAAAAAAAAACAAUACUUCUGUCUCUUAAUUCGCCUUUGAGUCGUGAUCAUGGCCAUCAACACUGACACUGACUUCCAGAAGACCAACUUGGGUGAAGGUGGAGGAGGCGCUCAGCCCGCGGACUCUCAGGAGACGGAGAAGCUCCUGGCGGUGACCACCGAGCCCGGAGGCAACGGGAUGAAGAUGUCCACCUCCUUCACGGUCAACGUGGGCACCGACAAGGGCCUGGAGGCGGACCAGAACGGCCACAGCGUCCCUCUCAGAUCGGGUUCCGCCGGGCACCUGACCGCCGCCGCCCCCCUGUCCCCGUCCCGGGCCAGCCUGAGCCGCUCCUCCACCGGGAACGCCACGGUGCAGGAGACCCCCAAACCCAAGGAUUACCUGAUCCUGGUCAUUUGCUCCUGCUUCUGCCCCGUCUGGCCCAUCAGCAUUGUCGCACUGGUUUAUUCCAUCAUGUCCAGAAACAGCCUUCAGACGGGGGACAUAGACGGGGCCAGGAGGCUGGGUCGACUGGCUCGUCUCCUCAGUAUCGUCUCCAUCACCCUGGGCAUCCUCAUCAUCAUAGUCUAUGUCUCAGUGUAUGUAUCCAACAAGUGACGGAGGAUCGAGAGGGGAAAAAGAAACGUGGAAAAACCAAACCACGGACACGAUGAGGAAAAAAAGCCUGUUCCAUCAAAAAAUAAAAGGCAACUCCAAACCUAAUUCUACAUUGUAAUUACAUCAUGACCACCCUCAUAAAGCAACAAAUAAUAAAAAUAAAAUUUAAAAAAAUAGGCAACUCAUGAGAGUAGGUAUUGCAGCAAAUAAACAGAUGAAAACAUUCAAAGAAAAAAUUCAGUCAGAGAUGCAUGCAUUAGAAUCCAGUAACAUUUGCUUGACAAAACAUAAUCAGUUGGUGUAAAAUUGUUCAGGAUAAAAGAGAGGAAACUGAAAAUGCAGCUGUAUACUGCAUGUGGUCAAAAGGCCUCACAGACAUUUCUCUUGGACUUUUCCAAAUGAAGACACCGUCUGCCAAUGAGGAGUGAAUAAACAGUAAACUUUUUGUACAUUCAGGACAUGGCACCUUCCCAAAUGGAUCCUGGCUUUGGACACAACACUUUGGACAGCUGCAUAUAAUCCUUAUAUAUUCCCUAUUGAACCUCCUGCAUUCAGAGCAUAUACAGCUACAAAUAUAUUUGAAAUAUGAAUAUCAGACUAUAUAUACAGAUGUACAUUUUAUAAAAGUUUGUAUGCCAAGCGGUGCUGGGUUUAUUAAGACUGUCACUACGGCUGCUUUGUAAGCACUUGGAUUAUCAGUGGAAAUUCAAGGGUUUGUGAAGGGGGCAGGGAACACGUUUUUAAUUUACUAUUAUUUAUUAUCAUUUUUGAAACAAAAAAUGGAGACCAACUGCAUGCUUGAUUGUUGAUAGCCAAUUUCUGAUUUCAUUUUGACUGUUACUGUUUUUUUCCUAACUAUGGAGUCAGAAAGGCUAAAGGUUUGCACAUGGAGGCGUGAUUUGUGUAUGUUCUGUGAGAGUACAGCCACGGACGAAUGUAUGAGGACUUUAAUCGAACCCUCUAACUCACUCAUUUAUAUAACAGAAAUUUCUGGCCUUGUUCUGACACUGAGACGCAUGACGACCCUCCUGCUGUCUUUACAUUCCUCCAAUUUCCUCUCACAUCUUCUUCUUCUUUAUCUGACAGAGUGACUGCUGCCCUUCAGUUCUGUUUACACCCUUUUCCUUUAUCAUGUCCUCUUAAUUUAGGACAUUUCACUCUUUACUACCUUUUUACACCAUUGUUCCCUAUUUUCCAUUAACAUUCUUACAUUCUAACACAUGUUGACUGUUAAAUUCCUUUGUUUCACUGAAUGUUUUCUUGUGAUGGUAUGAAAUGUAUUUAUAUGGGAAAAUAUAUAUGUAAUAUGAAUGCAUGCAGUGGGUCAAACAGGCUAACAUACAGUUUUAUUUUGUAAAUGAACUGGCCAAUGAGUUUGACAGUGUAACAAUUAGCAUUUAAAGAACCUUUCUUGAAAAUCCAAGCACGACAGAUUGUCUGUAUUUGUCACUUUAACAGAGAGGAGUCACAGUAAUAUGUGCCCUGUGGAUACACAGGACUGUUGUAUAGACACUUUACAGGCUUAUGCUACAAGCCCAGUUUGCCCAGUGUUGCAUUACUUUAAAAUCACAGCAGUUUUUUUUUUGCCAUGUGUAAUUAAAGUCAUGAAUCAUCUGGACAAAGUCCUGUUACAGUGAUAAAAUGUUGCACCAUUAUAACUAUGUUCAUGUGGUUGUUUAAGGGCUCAUAUGUACUAAACAACACCAGCUAAUUAACAUCUUAAGGUCAAUGACAAUUAAACUAUGCAGCUUAUUCCUUUCAAAUUAGAUCAAAAAUCAAAAUUAACAAUUUAAGUGUGAUCUGUCAAACAUCGCCCAUCCAUGGCAAUUUUUGUGUACAAUGGCUUUUUAUCUGUUUCAUUCCAAAUAACAGAUGUACAUAAUUUCUCCAAACAUCUGAAAGCAGCAACAUCCAAAGAUUCCCCAUAUUUUCUACCAAACUAGAGAAAAAAAAAAAAAUCAUUUCUGUAACUCAUACGAAGUGAUUUUUCAUUCAAAUGCCAAUAUUCCACAUGUGAAUUUGAUGAUAAAGCGCUACAUGUUUAGCCUAAGCACUGCUCUGUCUUUAAAACAGUUCAAAACUUCAUUUCAUUCAGUGUAUUACUGUGUUUCUUUUCCAGUAUACUGUAUGUUCCAGAUUUCAUCUCUGUGGUGUACAUUUUGCAUGUCUGGAAUAAAUGUUACCAUGCAUGGUC